AAGGAAGAAUCGGUCGCCACCUUCAAAGGCAACGAGUUCUUCUGCUACGACCUGUCCCUGACACCCAUCCAGAGCAGCACCGACGAGAUCACCCUUUCCUUCCGAACGCUGCAGCGCAACGGGCUGAUGCUGCACACCGGCAAGUCGGCUGACUAUGUCAACCUUUCUUUGAAGAGCGGCGCAGUCUGGCUGGUCAUCAACCUGGGCUCGGGGGCUUUUGAAGCCCUGGUGGAGCCGGUCAAUGGCAAGUUCAACGAUAACGCCUGGCACGAUGUGCGAGUCACCCGCAACCUGCGCCAGGUGACCAUCUCGGUUGAUGGUAUAUUGACCACCACUGGUUACACCCAGGAAGAUUACACCAUGUUGGGCUCUGAUGACUUCUUCUACAUUGGGGGGAGCCCCAACACUGCAGACCUUCCUGGAUCGCCAGUCAGCAACAACUUUAUGGGCUGUCUUAAAGAUGUGGUAUAUAAAAACAACGACUUUAAGCUGGAGCUUUCCCGGCUGGCCAUCGAACGCGACCCUAAAAUCACGCUGAACGGGGAUCUGGUGUUCCGCUGUGAGGAUGUGGCGGCACUGGACCCCGUAACCUUUGAGACCCCCGAGUCCUACAUCUCUCUGCCUAAGUGGAACACCAAGAAGACGGGAUCGAUCUCGUUUGACUUCCGCACUACAGAGCCCAGCGGCCUGCUGCUCUUCAGCCACGGCCACCCUCAAGGUCCCAAAGAGCAGAAGCCCGGCAGGGAACUGAAGACCGAUUACUUUGCCAUGGAACUUUUGGACGGGUAUUUAUACCUGCUGAUCGAUAUGGGCUCGGGGAAAACCAAGCUCAAGGCCAGCAACAAGAAGGUCAACGACGGGGAAUGGUGCCAUGUUGAUUUCCAGAGGGAAGGGAGGAAAGGUGAGGACGCUUUAGAGCGGGCUGAUGUGAAACGACGCAGCUGA